UACAACAACUGCAAUGUGGAGUAGACACAGGUGCUGAAGUUACCAUUGCCUCGUCUUUUUGACCUGGCAUUACACAUGGACAUUUAAUUUAAACAAUAAACAAACAUAACCUACGUGUCAUCUUUUAGUCGUGGCUAGGCUACUUAUAAUGCUGUUUUGUUAAUAAAGGAUUAGUUUUAUGCGGGACUGCCAGCCUAUAUAAACAAAAUUUGACAUUUAGAAUUGCACUGCAUAUUCGACAGUUUUUGUUUUAUGUUGACAUAGACUUACACUAUUAUUUAUUAUAGUGUACAGCUCGAGCUCUGGGACACAUGUGAGGGUUAUUUUGGUGUGAUGCGUGUGCGAGGUUUAAUCCUCUGCUGGAUGCGAAGCAAGCUCAGGUAGCCUGAGAGCUGUCCUCUCUAUUUCUUAAUGUCAAGACCCAAGAAUGUCUGCUUAGCAUGGCUGUGGCUCCUGAACCGGCGACCCAAGGACCGUUAUGGCUUUUAGAGCAGUCUAUUCGGACCCCCUGUCCCGAAGCAUUUUCAAGAAAUUCGUGGUUAUGCUGUGUUCUCUCCUCACCUCCAUGUACCUCCUCCACUGCCUCACGGACCGCUGUAGCAGCAUGCCCACACCGGUGAAAGCCUCCAGCCAAGUCGUGGGCUUUUUCGCAUCGGAACUACAAGACUUGAUGUCGCUGAGGAGGAAAAGACUGUUAAAGAAAUGGACCACGGAGUCCAAGGUGCGCUUGAGCUACGAGAGCGCUGACGACACUAAACGGAUCUCUGAGGACUCACUGUUCGACGAUACUGAUAAGGGACAGAUUUUGUACGAACCGGGACCUCAGGUGGACAGCGAUAGCGAGAACCGGGAAUUGUCGCGUGAUAUCCAGCUUUCAUUGGAUGACAUCGUUUCUUCGAAGAGAUUGUCACACCGGUUUACAGUGAAGACGGGAAGUACCGGUAAACUCAGUCCACUUGGAGAGGGGAGAAAGGAGCUGCCCCAGGCGCUGAUCAUCGGGGUGAAGAAAGGAGGGACGCGCGCGCUACUCGAGUUCCUCCGCGUGCAUCCAGACAUCAGAGCCGUGGGAGCCGAGCCGCACUUCUUCGACCGUAACUACGAGAACGGACUGGAGUGGUACAGAGAGCUGAUGCCCAAGACCCUGGAGGGCCAGAUCACCAUGGAGAAGACCCCCAGCUACUUUGUGACCAGAGAGGCCCCGGCCCGGAUCUCCGCCAUGUCCCGGGACACCAAGCUGAUCGUGGUGGUGAGGGACCCCAUCACCAGGGCCAUCUCUGACUACACACAGACGCUGUCCAAGAACCCAAAAAUUCCCACCUUCGAGAGCUUGACCUUCAAAAACAGGACUAGGGGGCUCAUCGACACGUCCUGGAGCGCCAUCCAGAUCGGCAUCUAUGCCAAGCACCUGGACAACUGGCUAGAGUACUUCCCCAUGGGCCAGAUUCUGUUCGUGAGCGGGGAACGUCUGAUCAGCGACCCGGCCGGAGAGCUGGGCAACGUGCAGGACUUCCUGGGACUCAAGAGGAUCAUCACAGACAAACACUUCUACUUCAACCAGACCAAGGGCUUCUCCUGCCUCAAGAAGGCUGAGGGCAGCAGCAAGCCCCACUGCCUUGGCAAAACCAAAGGGCGGACCCACCCCAACAUCCACCCAGAGGUGGUGCAGAGGCUACAGGACUUCUACAGGCCUUUCAACAUGAAGUUCUACCAGAUGACGGGACGCAUGUUUGGUUGGGACGACUGAUUUUGCCUUGGUGGAUUUACAUUUUAGUCAUUUAGCAGAUACUCAUAUUGAGUGACUUACAGGAGCAAUUAUAGUUAGGUGCCUUGCUCAUCAGAUUGUCCACCUAGUCGGCUCAGGGAUUCAUACCAGUGAUCUAUCAGUUACUGUCCCAACACUCUUAACCGCUAAGCUACCUGCCACUCCAGAAUACAGAUGACCAGAGAACACAGAUGACUGUUGACACUGCAGUAUAACUGUGGGACAGCAAGAACACUUAGCCAAGAGGCAAUAUGUGUCUGUGAUAGCGGGGAAAAGGUCUUAUCUGCUCUUACGGGCAAUUCAGAUAUUUAAUGUGUUCACUGUGUUACUGUGUCUCAGAACCAAUAUCAGCUGAGGCUGGUUGAAGGAAAUGGAGAGGGAUUAUCCCUUAUAGAGCAUGUUGUGGUUCUAAUACAGAGAGAUACUGCAUCUCUACCUCUCCCUGUAGUUCCUGUCAGAGGGCUUUCUGUUUGGGAACCUUUCAGUGAUUCAAAAGACAAAUAUGUUGUUACUGUAUAAGAGGUUAUAUGAAAUCAAAACAGAGAGACUUUGGAUAAAAAGCCUUGAGUGAUUCUAUACCAUAUUGUAAAGCAAACCCAGCUGCUUUUCAAAGAAUUGUAUUUUUCUAGAAACAUUUUGAAAAGUUAAAACUGCAUUUAAUUUAUUUAAGAUGAUGUACACAUGCGGAAUAUAAUAUACAAGUUGAUAUGCUUUAUGUUUUCUGUGCUUAUAGAAUGUUGUUUUAUACUGUACACAUUUUUUUUCUUUAUCAUGUUGAAUUUUGAAUUACAAGGUAGAGAGCGAGAUAGAGUAAAGAUAGCACUCAAUGGAAGUGUCCAGUGGCACCCUAUUCUCUAUAUAGUGCACUACUUUUUACCAGGGCCCAUAGGGAAUAGGGUGCCAUUUGACC